UCAGGACACUCACGUUAAUGGAGGAGAAAUUAUGAUGUUUCUGUUUCUGAUGACGUGUAUUCAUCGCUGCUGCGCUCCUUCGUCUUCAGUGGUGGAAGGAAGGACAGUUUCUCCAAACGUUCAAGAUCAAAGCAGUUGUGAAAGGGAUGGACUGAUGCUUGGACAUGUGUGUACAUGCUUUGAUCAUUGAAAUCUUAAAUGGUUGGAGAGGCUGGUCGGGGGUCUCCAUGGUAGCCCACCAUCCAUUUCACACAAGUGUACAUAUUUUGAUGUUUUGAGACUGAGACGUGCUUUUGAAGUCUAGAUGUUGGAAAGAGAGACAGCUUGAGUUCGCUGUCUGUUCAUCCUUUUAGAAGAUGAAUGAAUGAAUGAAGCUGUGAAUCAGGCAGCACCUUGGGGCAUCAGAAGGCUGGGACCAUCUCUCCAACACUUUAAAAACAUAAAAUCAGGAAUGCUCACAACGUUUGAGCCUGAUAUGAUCACCUUCGAUGGUUGGCGGUUUCUACUCGGUUACUUCUACCGUUGGAGAGGUUCAAAGCAGUGAUCCUUAUGAAUGGCAGUUGGAGUGUAUGUGCGUCUCCCCCUGUUGGCCAUGCUGAGUGUGUGCACCGCGCUGCUACUGGCAGCAAUCACUGCUGUGUGUUCCACAGACUCGGACCCUCACACACAUCGGCACCGUCACGACUCCAACCUGGAAAUCUAUAAGCGUCUGUUUGAGACGAAGAGGAAGGAUCAGCUUAACGCUCUGAAGAACCUGGUGGAGCUUAAUGACGUCAACCAGCAGUACAAGAUCAUUGACAUCAUGCUGAAGGGCCUUUUUAAAGUAUUGGAGGAUUCUAGAGCUGUUCUGAUAGCUGCUAACAUGCAGCCAGACGAUCCUUUCCCACUAGAUGACAAAAUUAAAGAGGCGUAUUCCCAUGUGGUGGAGAACACAGCUUUUUUUGGUGACGUUGCAUUGCGGUUCCCGCGGAUCGUCCAUCAUUAUUAUGACCGUAAUGCAGAGUGGAGUGGGCUGCUGCGCUGGGGGCUGAGGUUCUGUAAUCUAACAGGAGUCUUUACAGAGGGACCUCACCAACACGUCCUCACACUGAUGUCCCAGGAGCUGGGGAUCACAGAGAAGUCUCCUGACUUUAUAAACCCAUACCGCACAGAGAGAGAUGAUGUGCUCCACACCGCAGAGGCCUUCCAGAAACUUCUGCGUGAAGAGCAGAAGAGAAGGAGGAAGGAAGAGAAGAGGAAAGAGAUGCGGAAAGGCCCACGCAUAUCCCGCUCUCGCACUGAACUAUAGCACCACCAUCUGGUCAAUUACUGAGACUGAGUGAGAGAGGGAGCGAGAGAGUGAGGAAGGGAGAAAAACGGGAGAUCACACAGAGAUCUCUCAGCUAAAGCUACAUAAGGGUUUGAUGGUCAUAAACAGGAGAGGUCAGGUAGGGGUCAGCACGAGAGCAAAAGAAUAAAAAUAUGAAAAAGUCAAACGAUGGACUUCCAUCAUAAAGAGAUACAGACACAUGUCUGCUGCUUCAGGAGGUUUCCAAAAAUGGACUUCUGCAUCUGCAGGUUUUCAUUCCAACAUGCAUUCCGCUGCGUCGGCGUGUCUUCACCGUUUUUAUACAAUUUCACUUUAAUGUUAAUGGUGAAAGAAAUAUAAAUAAUAUUAAACAAAUAAUCAAACUUUACUAAAUCUCAGAUAUUAUACAUAUAGAAUGAAAUAAUUUUACGUUGACUGCUGUGUUUUUACAGACAGUCAUGUUUAUUUUGAUGGUUUGAGUUAAUCUGUGUUAUUACUGGUGGUUAGGAUGUGAAAUCUGCGUUUUUGGGGGAGGGCUUACAGUGUGUUUAGACCUUAAAUAAUUAAAUAUUUACAUCUAUAAAUAGGCUCAUUAUGUUGUGAAUCUAAGAAAAUGUGUUUGAAUCUUCCAUGCACUGCUUAUGCACUGUUUGUGCAUUGAUGCUGUGCAGAUAGGGUGUGUGCGCGUGUCUGAAGGCAAGAAUGAUCAUUCUUUGUUUAAUAUGAAGGCUUUAGCUGGUAUAUCUAAUCUGGUAUAAGUAAGUGAUGAACUAUGAAAAUCAAUGAGAAUAAAGAGUUUUUGUUGCAUUCCUUCUAAUGUCCAUUAGGUGACACUAUUGCAUUUUUAUCAAACUCCAGCUGUGACCUAUACUUACAAGUGCUGAAAUCCUACAGUUUAAUUAAAGAAGGAUUACAUCAUUUUUCUAAAUUUAUAAUGUUGCAAUUAAAUCUUUAAGAUGUAAAGAAAGUCAUUGAGUGGUUUAAUGUGAAAUGUUGUGUUCCAGACAAACAGUGGUGAGAGGAAGCAGAUCCUGUUCUACAGUAGUUCCGAGAUAUGGGUGGUAUUUUUAAAAAUACGUUCAUGACAGAUUGUUCAUGAAAAAAUUUAAUAAAUAAAUAUUUCUUGUGGGGUUCCAUUUUA